AUGGCCGGACGAGACCAGCAGACGCCAUUGUUGCAAACCUCACCUCAUAAACUAACUGGCAAUGUAUGGACAGCCCUAGCACAUAUUAUAACAGGAGUAAUAGGAUCAGGGGUUCUAUCGUUGGCAUGGAGCAUGGCACAGCUGGGGUGGAUUGCUGGUCCAUUGUCUCUUUUACUCUUCGCCUUUUUUACCCUUGUCUCUGCAUCCUUUAUCUGUGACAUCCAUCUUUAUGCUAACCCUAACCCUAACAAUGGCACCACCACCAUGAUUAUGAACCGCUCCUACUUGCAGGCGGUUCAGACUAUUUUAGGAAAGAAAAAUGGAUGGGUAUGUGGAUGCUUGGUAUAUUUCAAUAUAUUCAAAACAGGAGUUGUGUAUACAAUUACAUCUACGAUUAGCAUGAGGGCAAUUAGGCAAUCAAAUUGCUACCACAAAGAAGGGCAUGAAGCUGCUUGCGAAUAUGAGGAUACCUACUAUAUGCUUUUGUUUGGAAUUGUUGAAAUAGUAGCGUCUCAAAUACCCAACAUUUUUCAUACAAAAUGGCUAUCGGUUAUUGCUGCAACCAUGUCCUUCACCUAUUCUUUUAUUGGAAUGGGACUUGGAUUGGCCCAAGUAAUAGGACAAGGGAAGAUCCAAGGUAGCAUCAAUGGCAUCUCAACAACCAACCCCACACAAAAAGUAUGGCUGGUUGCUCAAGCUCUUGGAGACAUUGCAUUUUCAUUUACGUUUUCGCUCAUCCUUCUUGAAAUACAGAGCACUUUGAUGACACCCCCAUCUCAAAAAGAGACAAUGAAGAAGGCUUCCAGCAUUGCAAUCUUUACAACUAGUUGUGGGUAUGCAGCCUUUGGAGAUUCGACUCCUGGGAAUCUUUUGACUGGGCUUGGAUUCUAUGAACCAUUCUGGCUCAUAGACUUUGGUAACGCAUGCAUUGUUCUCCAUCUGGUUGGAGGGUAUCAGAUAUACAGUCAGACAUUGUUUGCAAUUGUGGAAAGAUGGUAUGCUGAAAAGUUCCCAGAAAGCAUGUUAGCAAGGGAAAGGGAUGUUAGGGUCUGUUUGUUUAUUACUAUAAAAAGAGUGAAUCCUGUUAGAAUAUGCUUUCGGACGAUAUACGUGAUAUUGACCAUGUCAGUAGGGAUGAUGUUCCCUUACUUCAACCAAGUCGUGGCAUUUGCAGGGUCGGUCAUCUUCUGGCCUUUGACCAUUUAUUUCCCUGUUGAGAUGUACUUUGUGCACAACAAGGUUGUACCUUGGUCCCUCAACUGGAUUCUUCUUCGUAUUUAUACCAUUUUUUGUCUCAUCGUAACACUUUAUAUUUUGGCUGGCUCCAUUCAAGGACUCGUCGCCAAAAGAUUUGGCUAGUACUAUUUGUAAUUCACCAAAAUUUAAACAAAUAACAUGUCUUGUAAUUGCCAAACGGUUUAAUAUAUAUAGGAAGG